AUGAUCAACAUAUUUCUAGAACAAGUGGCGUUGAGAUGCAAGGGAAAUAAUGGUUUUAAACGUGAGGCGUACGAAAUUGCUGCAGAAGCCGUGACAAAGCAUACCAAUAUAGUCCUCAAGUGGCUGAAUGUGUCGAACCGACUAAGGUAUUACAAGAGGGAGUACACUGCAGUGAAGGAUAUGCUGGCUGCAAGCGGGUUUAGAUGGGACAGUGAGCGGAUGGUGGUGACGGCUCCUGAUGGAGCACGGGAGGAAUAUCUUAAGUCACACCCGCAUGCGGAAAGACUACGCGGGAAACGGAUUGAGAGAAUAGAUGAUUUUACAGUUAUCGUCGGUUUGGACCAGGCAACGGGACGUUAUGUAUACGGCAGUAGGAGUAUAGCUACGUCAGCAUCAUCAUCUCAUCUUCAAUGA